AUGAAAAUCGCCAUAAUAGGCGCAGGCAUUGGCGGUUGCGCCGCCUAUCUUUCCUUGAAAAAGCGUCUCCCAAAGCCAUUAUCUCCAUCCCAGGAUCACGAGUAUACCAUCUAUGAAGCCUACGCUACACCCCGGGACUUUGAAUCGCCGCAUUCGCUGGGCGAAACCCAUUCUGCCUCCCUUGUUGUGGGUGGAGGUCUUGGUGAACUUUUCCACGACGUUGUGCGGGCCGGUUACCCCUAUGCCGCAAUGAAGUUUAUGAACUCCUAUGGCUUCACGAUGAUGCGGAUGUCUAGUCGCUGCGGUUCUGAUCCGGAGAUUAAUUCUGUUUCCAUGAGCAGACAUGCGAUCUGGAGGACUCUACGGAGUCGCAUUCCGGAUGGAGUUAUUGUGACUAAACGUGUCGCGGAGGUCGUAUCAAAUACGAAUGGACCAAAUACAAUCAAAUUCGCGGAUGGGAGCGCAGACGUGGAGGCGGAUCUUGUAAUUGGCGCGGAUGGCUUGAGGAGCGUGGCGAAGAAGGCCCUCUUUCCUGGCGAAACUCAGGAUCCGGGAAUUGUUGGUAUUGGUGGCUUUGUGCCCCUGGCCGAUGUCAGGCCAGAUGUCGAAGCAGGCACCAUGACUAUUGUGUUUGGAGGGAACGGUUUCUUUGGCUAUGCUCCCUCAGACACCAGUCCUGAAGCUCCUAACCGACACAUACCGCAAGGAGUGAUGCCUCCUGGAAAGACCGUUAUGUGGUGGUCCACAUACGAGAUUGACGAAUGCCCCAACCCCAAGACCAUCGAUAAAGAAGCCGUGAAGCAAGACCUGCAGAAGCGGCAUGGUAACUGGCGAAACCCCGUAAUCCAGAAGAUUAUCAGCAGUGUCAAUGUCGAAACGAUGUAUCCUGUAUGGACGACCCCUGACUUGCCAACAUGGGAGCGUGACGGGGUUGUGUUGAUUGGAGAUGCGGCGCACACAUUGCCCCCAACUUCUGGACAGGGAACGUCGCAGGCGCUGGAGGAUGUAGAGUGUUUCACGAUGUUCCUGGCCCAUUAUUUGAGGAAAGCAUACGAUGGCAAAUCUCCAGAGGAGCCAGCGGCGAUAACGGAAGCGGAGACGGGCGCGAUUUCGCAGACUUCGAAAAAGUACAUGGAAAUCCGCCAGCCGCGGGUUAAGGAUAUUCUCACGAAGUCGAAAAGAAUGGAGAAUAAGAAGAGAAACUUGAACAUCUUUGAGGAAUGGCUGUUGUACCUCGUGUUUUUUAUCAUGGGCCGCCUGCCAACGCUACCUUGGAUAAGAAAUCCAUUUGCCUAUGACAUCGCGGAAGAAGUGAGUCAUGUCAUUAAGUUAGAGAAACAAAAGGAGCCGAAAAAGGACUCGAAGUAA